AGCUGCCCCGGAGCGGUCCCGGAGCGGUAGUCCCGGCCCUGCUGCGCCAGAGCCCGCGCGAUGGAGCCCCUGCCGCGGCGGCGGCGCAGGAGCCGCCCCCUGGUCGCCGCCUUCCUGCGAGACCCGGGCUCGGGCCGCGUGUACAGGCGCGGGAAGCUGAUCGGCAAGGGCGCCUUCAGCCGCUGCUACAAGCUGACGGACAUGUCCACCAGUGCUGUGUUUGCCCUCAAGGUGGUGCCGCGUGGCGGGGCUGGGGCCGGGUGCCUUCGCACACAGGGAAAGGUGGAGCGUGAGAUUGCCCUGCACAGCCGCCUGCGACACCGCAACAUCGUGGCCUUCCACGGACACUUUGCUGACUGCGACCACGUGUACAUGGUGCUGGAGUACUGCAGCCGCCAGUCUUUGGCCCACGUGCUGAGGGCGCGGCAGACCCUGACAGAGCCAGAGGUGCGCUACUACCUGCGGGGCCUGGUCAGCGGCCUGCACUACCUGCACCAGCGGCACAUCGUGCACCGAGACCUGAAGCUCAGUAACUUCUUCCUUAACAAGAACAUGGAGGUGAAGAUUGGAGACCUGGGGCUGGCGGCCAAGGUGGGGCCAGGGGGCCGCUGCCACGGAGUGCUCUGUGGGACCCCAAACUUCCUGGCCCCCGAGGUUGUCUCCAGAAACGGGCACUCCUGCCAGUCAGACAUCUGGGCUCUGGGCUGCAUCAUGUACACGGUGCUGACCGGCGCCCCGCCCUUCAUGGCCUCACCCCUGUCGGAGAUGUACCAAAACAUCCGUGAGGGCCACUACCCCGAACCCACUCAUCUGUCCGCCAAUGCACGCCGCCUCAUCGCACGCCUCCUGGCACCCAACCCGGCCGAGCGGCCCAGCCUGGACCACCUACUGCAGGAUGACUUCUUCACGCAGGGUUUCACUCCGGACCGGCUGCCGGCCCACUCCUGCCACAGUCCCCCUAUAUUUGCCGUACCCCCGCCUCUGGGCAAGAUUUUCCGGAAGGUGGGCCAGCUGCUGCUCACCCAGUGCCGGCCACCCUGCCCCUUCACAUCUAAAGAGGCCUCGGGUCCAGGAAAAGAGGGGCCAGACCCUGACUCCAUGGAGUGGGGCGGUGAGAGCUCCCUGUCUGCGAAAGGGGUUCCCUGCCUGGAAGCCCCCAUCCACCUGGUCGCACAUGGGACCCUGCAGAGUGACCUGGCCGGGCCCGAGGGGAGCCGGCGGCCGGAGGUGGAGGCAGCCCUCAGACACCUGCAGCUGUGCCUGCACAUGGGCCUCCCGGCCACACAGGACCCCCUGGGAGAGCAGCAGCCCAUCCUCUGGGCCCCCAAAUGGGUGGAUCAUUCCAGCAAAUACGGCUUUGGCUACCAGCUCUCGGACGGGGGCAGUGGCGUCCUGCUUCGGGACGGCACCCACAUGGCUCUGCGUCCCCCCGGAGGCCAAGUGUGCUACAUGCCCGGCCGCGGGAAGCUGGAAACCUUCACCCUGAGGGAUGUGCCCGGCCCGCUGUGCGCCAAGCUGGCCGUGCUGCAGCUCUUUGCCGGCUGCCUGCAGCGGCGGCUUCGGGAGGUGAGAGCUGGGGUGCUGGGAGGGCGAGGGGUGGGGACGCCACCUGCUCCCCAUGACCUCAGCCAAGUCUGUCCACAGGAGGGGACCCUCCCCACACCUGUGCCACCUGCUGGACCUGGCCUCUGCCUCCUGCGCUUCCUGGCCUCUGAGCAAGGCUUGCUGCUGCUGUUCAGCAAUGGGACGGUGCAGGUGAGCCCGGGACUCACACACAGGGGCCACUGGGGCUCAGCAGGGUGGGGUCUGGCCCGCCUGGGCUGUUAGGGAACAAGCUUUGGGGGAGCCCUAGGAAGCAUUUCCCUCCCAAAAAAGAAAAAAAAGAAAAAGUAUUGGCUCCUAAGUACAAAAGCCACAGCAUGGAAAACGCGUGACGUUUUUGGGCCAGGCACUGUGGCUCACGCCUAUAAUCCCAGGGCUUUGGGAGG